GAUUCACGCGUUCUCCACGAAACGGAGCUUUCACUCCCAUCAUCCGUUCCACGACGACGGCGCAGGAGGAAUUGGUACUCUUUCACUUCUUUUCCUCCUCACAUCCUCAACCAGUCAAACAGCUCAUCCAGCCUAAAAAGCAAAGGCGCGCCAGGCAAACCUACACCUACACCUACACCUACACCUACACCUACACCUACACUCUCGCACGUCCAGCAUCCACCCCCGCCUGCGCCCGCCCAUCAUGUCCUCCGAAGAAGGCUUCCGUCUCCGCACAAAGGACGACCCCAUCGGGUCCAUCUCGAUCCCCAAGCUCAUCCGCUCUUCGGUCCGCCAUGGCGAGUUCCAAUUCAUGUUCCUCGUCCCGCACUUUGUCCUCCCCGCGUACGGCAUCUACCGCCUGGCCCACUCGCAGGGCAUCUACCCGGCGCACCUCGAGCCGCUCGCUGAGGUGGUCCUCGCGGUAGUUCAGGGCGUGGCUGUGGGUGGGUUGAUCACGUUUGGAUGGUUGAGGUUCAGCGCUGCGGGGAGGAGAUUGCAGGGGAGGAUAGAAGCAGGAGCAGCUACGCCCGGUGAGGCAAAGGCGCAGAAGAAGAUGCAAUUGGGGUUCGCCUUGUGCGCGUACGUGCUGUUUGCUACCACCCUCUGGCUGGUACUCCCGCCGGCAGAUGGUCCAAAGACGGCAGCGAUGAAGAAGACGGCGAGGCGGUACGGGCUCAAGGCGGAGAAUAUCCCGAGCUUCUCAUAGGGCUGCCGUCGGCGAGCAGGAACCGAAUGCCUCGCUCCAUCUCGCCUUCAUCGACAUACCAUCCUCCCCUCGCCCCCUCCACGCCCGCUAAUCCCUUUGACUCGCCACGUCUUUCGCGCUCCUCUACACGUUUCGAUGCAAUGCUAUUCAAGCGUCAUGAUAUC